AACACAUUUUUCUCCGCCGCCUAACCAGUUUUCAUUUCGGUGGCAAAGACGAUUUAUUCAUUUUAUUCGGAGACAACAAAAAAUGUAGAUCGCCACUAACUACACAUAAUGUAGUACGAGUCUCCAUCUUUAUCUCUCUCCAGCUAAAGCAAAUGAACGUACAUAUCAAAUACACCCGAGUUCACGAAAUCGAAUACCUCCCUGCAUAUUCAAAUCACCAUCCUAUUGCUGCAUAAAAUGUACAUUUUAGAAUUUUCCACAACUAAUUUGAAUUUAGAUGAGGCCCAAUGAAUUUAUACCCUAAAAUGCCUAUUAUCUUGGCCCAGGCUGUGGCCAGAGUGUUUGCUGUCUUUAAUCUUUUUGAAUUGAAAGAAAUCUCGACGCGACUGGGAGGCUCUGCGUUUUUGUGCCGGCGUCGAUUUUUUAGUUCGAAAACGUAUGCGGCGCGGUGAAGACAAAGGAAUUGAUUUUCAAUAAAUCGAAAAAAAUGUAACAGAAUGUAUUUACAUGUUACAUUUUGAAAAUACAGAAAGCUGGUUAUUCCAAUAAUCCAAUUUUUUUCUUUUUUUUGUGUGUGUGUGUGCAACAAAAGAGCGAGUAAGAGAGCAAAGAGCCGCCAAUAAAUGGCAAAUAUGUGAUAGGUGAUAAUCUGUGUUUAGGCCGCCCUCUCUCGCUCUCUCUCCCCGACUUUCCACCCCACCCUGUCGCUUUCCGAAGGGCAGACGGUAAAUAUUAGGCGGCUCUUAUCAGACACUGCUGAUAAGCUUCGAUAGCAGGUUUCGCUCUCUCCUGCGCUCUCAAUCAAAUUUUCCCAUUCGCGAACAGCUGUUGGAGGCAACGGCAACAACAAACCAGGAACAAAGCUCAGAAGCCGCUGUAAAGGAUACAAAGUGGACAUUUUUGGAGUCCUGCAAAGGAAUACAAGUAAUUGGCAUAAAGUUGGCAUAAUUCAAAGGCAGUCCGAGUUGCAGAAAUGGGAAAAGAUCGUCUGCCCGAGCUUUUGCAGCGCUCAUUGAGCACGAACUCGUCGAACUCGUCGUCGAACGGUUCACUGCUUUUGAACGUGUACAGUGGAACCACGGAGUUCAUCACUAGCAACACCGGCGGUAACAAUAAUAGCUACAGUAUCGUUAGCCAAAACUCUCACAGCUGCAGCAACAACAACAGCAGCAGCGAACCCAAGGAUCGGUCCAGUGCAAAGAUGGCGCAGUAUGGCUCGAAUGUGGACGACAUACUCAAUCCGUACACGGAGAUUCGCCAACAACUCGCACAGAUAGCCGCCAACUUGGAGGCGAUGAACCGCAUGGCCCAAACCGUCAAUCUGCGAACUUUCAACGAGAACGAGAUGGAUGAGCUUCACAACAAAAACCUGAGGCUGGGCAAUCAGCUAAUGACGCGAUUCAACGACUUCAAGGCGAAUCUGCCGGCGGAAAACGAUUACAGCUUGGAGGCAAGGAUGAAAAGAACCCUUUUCUAUGGCCUCCACCAGACUUUCAUCAAUCUGUGGCACAAAAACGAACUAUUCCUGCAGAACUACGAGACCAAGGUCAAAAAGAAUCUGAGACUGCAUACAAAAAUCAAACUUCGUUACCAUCUACUUUUCAGUUAAUUCUGAAGCCAGCGAACAAGAAAUCGAGUUACUCAUCGAGAACAA